UCUGCUCUUUUGUUAACAAACUUGGUCAGGCCACUGAGAAAGGUAGGAAAGCUGAGGUGGGGAUGUGAGACCUCCUGCUGCAAAGAGAGAGUUGGAGAGAGACCAGAGAGAAAGAAAGCCGAGGGGCCCUGCCACUCCUCUUUACUUACCCAACCUCGGUGUGGGGUUUGGUUGCACUGUUGAUCGAAGGUGUGAUAGCAUCAUCGGAGCAAGUUCAAGGAGGGUGAAAGGGAAAAAUAAGUAUAUAUCAAACAAAGAGUGAGAUAGAGAUAGAGAUAGAAGGAAGAAAGAGAUGGUGGGCUCAGGAGUGGGAGGAGAUAGUAGAAGCAAGGAGGCCGUGGGCAUGUUGGCUCUCCACGAGGCCCUCAGGAACGUCUGCCUCAACUCGGAUUGGACUUACUCCGUCUUCUGGACCAUCCGACCUCGCCCGAGGUGUAGAGGAGGAAAUGGCUGCAAGGUUGGGGACGACAAUGGCAACCUGAUGUUGAUGUGGGAGGAUGGGUUCUGUAGGACAAGAGUGGAUGAUAUCGAUGGAGAAGACCAAGUGAGAAAGGCCUUCAGCAAGAUGUCCAUUCAGCUGUAUAAUUAUGGAGAAGGGCUGAUGGGUAAGGUUGCUUCUGAUAAGUGUCACAAAUGGGUCUUCAAGGAACCUUCUGAAUGCGAACCCAACAUCGCCAACUACUGGCAGAGCUCCUUUGAUGCUCUUCCUCCUGAAUGGAAUGAUCAGUUUGCUUCUGGCAUUCAGACUAUAGCUGUGAUUCAAGCUGGCCAUGGGCUGCUACAGCUGGGUUCCUGCAACAUUAUACCUGAAGACCUGCAUUUUGUGUUGAGGAUGAGACACAUGUUUGAGUCACUGGGUUACCAAUCUGGCUUCUUCCUUUCCCAGCUGUUUUCCUCUUCCAGGAAGAGCUCUCCAUCACCAUCUGCCCCGGUGAAGCAGAUCCCAGCUCGGCCUCCGCCGCCGGUCUUCAACUGGAGCCACCCUCCACUCGCUUCCCCUGCUUACCACCCUUCGGCUCAAAUGGGACUACCCAGCAACAAAGACGACACCCAGCUGUACCUCCUCCCUCCCUCCUCCGAAGCACAGAUGGAUGAGAUGAUCCCGGAGCAGGAAUCCGACCUGAAAUGGCCCAAUGGACUGUCUUUCUUCACUGCUUUAACGGGAAGAACAGAUGAUGCCAAGCUACUGUUUGGUGCCGAGAUGUUGGGACACCAACCACCACCUCAUCAGCAUCCUCUCAUGACGGAUCGGAAGAAUCUGACUGCAAGCUCUCCGGUCAGCAUCUGUGGCAAUGCUGAUGAGUCGAAGGCCAUCGAGGCUUCUGGCUUGCCGGGCCAGGGAAAUAUAGGCGAUUGCGGCGCAGCACUCAGUGCCAGUAACACCGAGGAUCUCUUGAGUUUGGAAAGCCAUUCCGGCAAGGCUAGGAAGAUGGAGAACAGUAAGUUCAAGAGGAGCUUCACAUUACCCGCAAGAAUGACUACCUCUUCUUCGUCGUCUUCGUUGGACCAUCAUCACGCAUCAACACCACAGCCCAUGGAUUACAGGGGCUCGGAGGCCGGGAUCUACCAAGACAUCAUGGAAACCUUCUUGGACUAAUCCGAGAUCAGGCCUAGUGUCUGUGGGAGGAGGUUGUAAGACAAGGGUUUGAACUAGUGAUCAUGUGGCUUACUCUCCUCUCAGUGGCUGGCUCUACUCCAUCCUUGCUCCUACCGGUCUGCCUUCAACUGCUUGUUCACCUGUAUCGAUAUGCUGCGGAUGAUCUUCUGAAGGAUUUUGUUUGCAGUAGUUUUAGAGUGAUUUAGAUGGACUUUAGGAUUGGAUUGCAAAUAUAACUCUGCUAAUGUUGUGCUCGGUUUCUUGGUGAGAAUGAGAAAUGUGUCUAGUUAAUUAGCAGGAGUAUGUUGUCUUGCUCUUUUUGUUUGGAAAAUAAAGCAGCUGAGUCCUCCUCUUUCAUA